AUGUCGCUGUGUCAAACCUCUGUGAAGCCUGUGACAUCAUCAGCGCUUCGGGUUCUGCUUAGACAACGGCGACAAUGUACACAGGGCAUCAGACUCUUCUCUUCCGCCCGCCCAACAUACUCGUCUUCGAAGCGUGAACUUCAGACAGCAACCGCUUACCGACCGUACUCUCUACCCGAGUCUGUUGUUCCACCUCCGCGGAAUGCGGGCACCCCGGACACAUCCAUCUCCCAUGCGAUCCCGGGACUAAACACUACCCCGACAUACCCACGACCGAAGAACACAGAGCUAUCCAAGGAUGAUGGUACAACUUCCGUAUCGUCCCACCCCCUGCCAGAAAGUGAAUCUCAGAAGUCGCAACCCGUGUCCAGCAGUGCAACCGCACCUUCAGAGACUAAAGCGAAGCCACGAAAGAGCAGACUACGAGCAAGAAAAGCCGCUGUAUCGCUCACACCAACCGCGCUAUCCAAGCUCCGAGAACUUCUUUCCCAGCCAGACCCAAAGCUAAUUCGGAUAGGCGUGAAGAAUAGAGGUUGCUCGGGGCUAUCAUACCAUCUGGAAUAUGUUGAGAAGCCAGCUCCUUUCGACGAGGUUGUUGAGCAGGAUGGUGUUAAAGUAUUGAUUGACUCCAAGGCCCUUUUCAGCAUAAUUGGAAGCGAAAUGGACUGGCACGAAGAUCCCCUCAGCAGCCGCUUUGUAUUCAGCAACCCAAAUAUCAACCUCCUGAACAGCUCACGAGAGAUGGAGGACUUCAACCGGCUACCCCUAGAGCUGGAGUUACUUCUGGCCAUACGAUUUUCCGCCUCGAUACCAGAUAUAUUCCUCGACAUACCCGACCCUAACAGCACCACUGUCGCGGGGCUGAAGCGGCUAGUUCGCGACAGACUCCCUCCAGACCUUACCUCGCGGCGUCUCCGGCUUAUCCAUGCUGGGAAGUCCCUUGACGACUCAACUUCGUUAGCAACACAGAUAAAGGUCGGGAGGAAUAGCCAUUUACGUUCUCAUAAUGGGAACGGUCAGCGGGUACCUUCAUCAUGGUCACCUUCAGAGCCAGGCUCAAGGGUAGCGUCUCCUUACUUGAAAGGCGGGUAUUCGACCUCCGGUUCAUCAUCGACCAUAUCUCAGGCUGCGCCGGAUUCGUCAGGGAAGGGUAAAGCCCCAGCCCGAGACCAGGGAGAACCUAGGAUAUAUAUACAUUGUUCGAUUGGGGAUAUAACUCUUACCCCGGCGGAGCUUGAUGCUGAAGCUCGUGCUGCUCGUUCUGGUCAGGAUGCGCUUAAAUCAAACACCUAUGCUCAGGGCCCAGCGGGUUCAGCUGGUCUGGACGGAUCUGCGGGACCGAGCAGGCCUCUAGGCGGAGGUGAUAUUUCGACGGGGCAUGCUACAGGUGAUGGAGGUGCUGCUGGAUCUAAUAUUACUGCCACACCUGCGCCCCAGGGGUUCGACAGACUGCUGUCUGCUGGGUUCACACCGGCGGAGGUAUCAUCGCUUCGGUCCCAAUUCCUGGCUCUGCUUUCCCUCUCGCAUACCCCAGAUACGUUACCAUCCGGCACAGAACUGCGAAGAUUAGAAGAUAGGUGGAUGGACGAGGGGUCAACCGAGGCCGGUGUUUCUGGAUUAGGAGGCAACAGUGAAGAAUCAAAUAUAUUCGGCGAUAUGAAUACCGAUAAUACCGGCGGAGGUGGCCCAUUUGGGUCUGGGACUUCACGGGCCUUGGACGAUAUGUUAUGGGGAUCAGUCAUGGGGUUCUUCUGGCCCGUUGGAUGUGCCCUAUGGCUCCUACGAGAAGAGGGAGUAUGGAGCUGGAGGAAAGGGCUGGCUGUAUUUGUAGGGGUGGUAGUCAAUUUUGGAUUUGGGGCAGUCAGGAUGCUGAGUUGA